UCUGCCCAAGUGAUGCCGAGAGACGACUUCAUGUGCGUCAGUGGAACCACAAGGAGAAGAAAAGGUCAGUUGGAGCUGAGCUCUGCGUCAAGACGCGCACGUUGGAGCUGUGACACACCGCGAGAGAAUCACAAUCCUGUUUUUGGGGGGUGAAGUUUGGGUGUUUGGAAAGAACAAUGUCUUUGGUGGAUUAGAAGGAUGGAGGAAUGGAGCGAGGAGGGUUCACCGGGCUCAUCCUUCAACGUGAGCUCCAUCAACGCCACCAGCUGCGAUCCUCUCCACACGGCAGACCAGGCGAACCUGGGUGCGGAUGGUGCGGCUGCCGUGCGCAUCGUCAUCUCGGUGGUGUACUCGCUGGUGUGCGCUUUGGGCCUGGUGGGCAACGUGCUGGUGCUCUACUUGAUGAAGUGCAAACAAGCGUGGAAGAAAUCCUCCAUCAACCUCUUCGUCACCAGUUUGGCCGUGACGGACUUCCAGUUCGUGCUUACGCUGCCCUUCUGGGCGGUGGAGAACGCGCUGGACUUCACCUGGCUGUUCGGGCGCGCCAUGUGCAAGGCGGUGUCCUACGUGACGGCGAUGAACAUGUACGCCAGCGUCUUCUUCCUCACCGCCAUGAGCGUGGCGCGCUACAGCUCGCUCGCCUCGGCGCUAAAGGGCAGGCGGCGGCGACCCGUGCGGUGCACGGCGCGCUGCGUGGCCGCCUCCAUUUGGGUGGCUGCCGCCUGCGCCGCGCUGCCCCACGCCGUCUUCUCCACCACGGUCACUGUCUCCGGCGAGGAGGACCUGUGCUUGGUGAAGUUCCCCGACAGUGACGGCAGCACGCAGCUGUGGUUGGGGCUCUACCACUCCCAGAAGGUGCUGCUGGGCUUCGUGGCACCGCUGGCCAUCAUCUCAGCCAGCUACCUUCUCCUCCUGCGCUUCAUCACCUCCAAGAACAUCAACACGUCGAGCGCCAAGCGACGCGCCAAGGUGACCAAGUCCGUGACCAUCGUGGUGCUCUCCUUCUUCCUGUGCUGGCUCCCCAACCAGGCUCUCACGGCGUGGGGGAUCCUCAUCAAACUCAACGUGGUGCACUUCACCUACGAGUACUACACCACGCAGGUGUACGUCUUCCCCGUGUCCGUGUGCCUGGCGCACUCUAACAGCUGCCUCAACCCGGUGCUCUACUGCCUGAUGAGGCGGGAGUUCCGCAAGGCGCUCAGGAAGCUCUUCUGGCGGAUGACCUCGCCCGCACUCACCACCAUCAGGCCCAUCACGGGCACCACCAAGCCCGAGGCGGAGGAGCGUGGACACGGCUUGGUGCCACUCAACUGCCCUGAGGAGCCAGCACUGGUCUUCUAUCCUCCUGGGGCGGCCAUGUAGAUCCAUAGUGACUAGAUUCUUGUGAACGCUCUACAGCAGGACUAUUCAAGUAGCACACGUGGUUUCACAAGGAUAAGGUCUUUGUUUUUCAUGGAUUUUACAUUUUUCCAAAUGGUGACUCAAACAAUCAACCGUCAAAACGUUAGUCAGAGGAUGGGAGUGAUCUGCUGUUUUUAAGGAUCUAGUACAAAAACGUUAUUCAAAGAUCCUGUAUGUGAUGGGCGUGAUCUGCUGUUUUCAAGGACUUACUGCAAAAAACAUUGUUCAAAGAUCCUCUAGAUGACAGAAGAGCUCUGGUGUUUCUAAGGACCUACUGCAAAUGCACUAGUCAAAGAUUGUCUAUACGACAGGAACACACCGCUGUAUUUAUGGAUCAAAUAAAAAAUGUGAGCCAAAGAUCCUCUAUGUGACAGGACCACUCUGCUGUUUUUAAGGAUCCAUUGCAAAAAUGUUAGUCAAAGAUUCUUUAUCAGACAGGAGUAUUCUGCUGUUUUUAAGGACACUGGUCAAAGAUCCUCUCUCCGAAAGAAGACCUCUGUUGUGUUUAGGGUCUGCUGCAAACAUGCUAGUCAAAGAUCCUGUCUAUGAUGAAUGUGCUCUGCUGUUUUUAAGGAUCUAAUGCAAAAACAUUACUCAAAGAUCCCCUAUGUCACAGGAAUGAUCUUCUGCUGUUUUUAAGGACUUAAUGCAAAAACACUACUCAAAAAUCCCCCAUAUGACAGAGGAGCUCUGCUGUUUUUAAGGGUCUACUGAAAAUGCACGAGUCGAAGAUUGUCUAUAAAAGAGAAGCACACUGCUGUUUUAAGGAUCCAACGCAAAAACGUGAGUCAAAGAUGCUCUACAUGACAGGAGCGCUCUGCUGUUUUUAAGCAUAUAUUGCAAAAAUGUUUGUCAAAGAUUCUCUGACGGGAGUGACUUACUGCAAAAACACCGUUCAAAGAUUCUUGAUAUGACAGAAGACCUCUGCUGUUUUCAGGAUCUACUGCAAAAAUGCUUGUCAAAGAUCCUCUAUGUGACGGGAGUGAUUUGCUGUUGUUACGGAUCUACUGCAAAAACAUGAAUCAAACGUGAUGGGAGUGAUAUGCUAUUUUUAAGGACAUACUGCAAAUACAUUAGUCAAAGUUUGUCUAUAUGACAGGAACACCGCUGUUUUUAAGAAUCUACUGCAAAAACGUGUGUCAAGUAUCCUCUAUGUGGCAGGAGCUGUUGUUGAGGAUGUAGUGCAAAAAUGCUAGUCAAAGAUCCUGUAUGUGACGGGAGUGAUCUGCUGUUUUUAAGGAUGCAAAAACAAGAUGAAAAGAUCCUUCGUGUUACAGGAGCGCGCUGCUGCUUUUAAGGACCUACUGCAAAAACUACCACUCAAAGAUCUACAUGGCAAGAGUGCGCUGCUGUUUUUAAGAACUACCGGGAAACCCAUCCUCCAUAUGACAGGAGUGCUUUGCUGUUUUUAAGGACCUACUGCAAAACCAGCUAGUCAAAGAUGUUCUAUGUGACAAGAGUGCUUUUAUGUUUUUAACAAUCGACAGCGAAAACACGAGUCAAAGAUCUUCUAUGACAGGAGUGCUUUGGUGAUUGUAAAGAUGUAUUGAACUGAACUCGGUCAGUCUGAUGUCAUUCAUGGACUCGGUUUGGCCCGCGGGCCACCAGCUGAAUAGCACUGCUUUUCGGCUUUUAUUCUCGAACUGUGUUACAAGAACCACUGAUGGUACGCGGGUUCACUUCCAGUAGUACGGAGGAGCGGCAGAAAUUUUAAAAAUAGAUUUAAAACCAAACCUCGGUCGUUGAACGCCCCGGUCUUUUAACAAAAAUGUUCACCAAAGUGUUGUCUCGGUUCUAGCACAGUAUUGUGAGUAACAAACUGUUGUAUUUCAUUUGUGUUAUUAAUA